AUGCCUUUGGAGCGGCAAGACCAAAGCAGCUCCUUAAUAGCUUGCUCUCGCCCAACCUCACUUACACUAACAAAUGAGUGGGAUUAUGCGAGGUCUAAGACGAUAAUGAAUAAGUACGGUACGGUGUUGUUAUGUGACAUGGAUCAGAUUAACGGUCUUGUAGCUUCAAGUGAGUGCGAUAUACUCGAAGAGGGCAGGAAUGAUGUGAAUCAGAGAUGCACCCGCCGUAGCAGGUCGUCACGCCCCAGGCCAUCGCGCCGAGCGACCGCACGAGCAGCAUCGUGUCGCGCAGACCAGAGAAGUUCUAGGCGUCGCGCCGCGACAGCUGACCAAACCACUAAAGCAGCUUAUUGCAGGAGCAUCACGCCGCGACAAACCAUCACGAGACAACAGAGGCUGGAGAAAGUCCGGGCGUCAAGCCGCAACAGUAACUCGUCUUUGCACCGCGACACCUCCGUGAUGGGCAGCAAAGCAGUGUGUGGUUUAAUGGAGGGCAACAGGCCAUCCUCCCUUCGCUAUUUCAGCGAUGACAAAGGUCGUGUGCUCAGUGAAGAAGAGCGAGCUAAAGAAACUGUUUAUAUCCAGAAAAUGGAGAGGGAAAGGAUGGAGAAGCUGAAGAAGAAGGCCGAGCAAGAGAAAGCUGAAAAAGAAAAAUCGGACAAGCGAAUAAAAGCUUUGAUUUCAGUUUUGUCGUGGGCGCUUCUGGUUCUAGUCCAAGCAAUAGAGUCGGCUAAUAAGUUAUUUGAAUUUACCAGAGCUUAG